ACGGUAAAUUUGUAAUUGAAAGGGGGAUUUCGGGAGGCAAAGCAGUUGGCAGCACCGGCCGAUGAUGCGACCCUGGUCGGCAGCUGUCAAAGAGGCGAGGCGAGGACGAGAAGACAAGUAAACAGAAGCUCAAAAAGGCUAGCAAAUGCGAGCAAACGCGAAGAAAACGAAGCCACAGCGAUUUAUAUGUCAGCUGGCCCAAACCGAAACCGCUCGUCAGGGGGCAAAGGCACUGCUGUCAAAUAGAAGGGGACCGGGUCCGAUUCUGAAAAACAGACGCAGAUAGCGACGCGCAUGAAAAAGCAAAUUCGUUGAAAUUUAUAAACGCGAUAAUCAAAAAAUCACACAAAAAAAAACCCAAAAAUAAAAAAAGAAAUAGAAAGAAAAAAUCGGCGUAAAAUCAGCGCGAAUCUUUGAAUACCAUUUGAUAUCUAGCCUAGAUCCAGAGCCAAAAGCCUAAUUCUUCAUGGAGCGCGCUGCAGUGCCACGGGGCAAACGGCCCAGAGUCCAGGUCUCCAUGGACGACAAGGAGCGCGCCAUCGCUCGCAUACGCAACGGCGAGACCAAGGCGGGCAUCUCGCGCGAGCUGGGCGUGCCGGAGUCGACGGUGCGCGGCUGGGUGAAGCGGGCCGAUCAGCGCAUGGCGCGCGAGGCCAACGAAGGCUCUGCCACUCCCUCGCCGCCGCUGCUGAUGACGCACUCGCUGAAGCUGCCCGCCAAGCGGGACAGCAAUGGGCAGAUGCGCACCCGCUCCGCGGCGCCCAUGAACGUGGCCGUGCCGCUGCCCAUGCAGCUCUUCCAGCAGGCGGCCAACAGCCAGCUGCAGCUGAACGGCUGGCUGCACAUCUUCAAUGCGGGCAUUCUCAACUUUACGCUGAUUGCGACCGCCGCCUAUUUGAGGGCGCGCACGCGCGGCACCACGGAUCGCCAGUCGCUCUGGCAGAUCAUCUGCGAGUACGUGGACGAGGCUGGGCGCAAUGUGGCCGCCAAUGGGGGGCAGUAUGUGCCCGCAGGAGCAGCAGCAUUGCCAGCAUUGCCAGCAGCAGCAGCAGCAGCAGCUACAGCAG